CCGGGGUUUGUUCUGCAGCCGAUCCGUUGGUGCACGAAGAGACGCUGUUGUCGCCGAAAUGCCCGAGCCGGCCAAGUCCGCCCCCGCGCCCAAGAAGGGCUCCAAGAAGGCGGUGACCAAGACGCAGAAGAAGGGCGACAAGAAGCGCAAGAAGAGCCGCAAGGAGAGCUACUCCAUCUACGUGUACAAGGUGCUGAAGCAGGUGCACCCCGACACGGGCAUCUCAUCCAAGGCCAUGGGCAUCAUGAACUCCUUCGUCAACGACAUCUUCGAGCGCAUCGCGGGCGAGGCCUCGCGCCUGGCGCACUACAACAAGCGCUCCACCAUCACCUCGCGGGAGAUCCAGACGGCCGUGCGCCUGCUGCUGCCCGGCGAGCUGGCCAAGCACGCCGUGUCCGAGGGCACCAAGGCCGUCACCAAGUACACCAGCUCCAAGUGAAUGCUUGCCUAAAACCUGCUUAACCCAAAGGCUCUUUUAAG